AUGGCCGUUCCAACUUCUGAGAUUGCAAAACGCCGUUAUCUCCUUCACUCCUUCGCUCUACUUCUCUCCCUGCCCAUGAAUGCGAAUUUCGAAUCCCUAAUUCCCUCCGACGAGCAGAUGGCACUUGGCGGCGAAAAAUCCUUUUUGCCGUUCGAUAUUAUCACCAACAUUCUCAAAAGGCUUCCUGUCAAAUCCAUUGUUCGAUUUCAGUCUGUGUGCAAAGCAUGGAAAAGUCUCUUCAAAACCCCAUCUUUCAUUGCUGAGCAUGCCCGCCACUCUGCUCAGGAAAACCCUUUUCUUCUCAUCCAUGCAUACGAUUACAACUACAGGCGUCUGUCCUUACGGUUGCUUAAUCAUCAGAUGGAAACUGUUGAAGUUCUGAGCACACUCUUUAUCGAUUCCUUCGGACGUGGUUGGAGAAUCAUUGGUUCUUGCAAUGGCUUGCUUUGCGUGGAACUCGAUACUGAUCAAGGAAGGUUUCCUAUUUCACUUUUGCUGUGGAACCCAGUGACCAAUGAGGUAAGAAAGGUACCCCAAACAAUAUAUGAUUAUCAUCACGUUUCCGCCGUAGGAUUUGGGUUCAGUAGCGUUGUUAAUGAUUACAAGAUAGUGAGAUUUUAUCACCCAUCGUUGCUUAACAAGAAGGAAGCUCAACACUUGUAUCGCAGCAGGCUUUACUGUGUGCAAGUAUAUUCAUUAAGCACAGGUUCAUGGAAGGAACUAGAAAUGGGGGAUUUACGGCAUACACAAUUUCUCCCCGGAGCUGUAUGUGCUAAUGGAACUAUUUUUUGGUAUGGACUGGGGCUUUUUAAAAAUAUGUUAGUUUCGUUCGACAUAGCAACGGAAGUGUUUACACUAACACCAAUAGAUACUUUUUAUUCUGAAGCUGAGUAUGGUCUUUGUCCAUUUAGGCUUGAUGUGUACGGAAACAAACUUGCUAUGUGUGAUGGUUACUACGUUGAGGCCGAAGACUCUAAAACUUAUUCCAUUGAUAUGUGGGUGGUCGAGGAGGGUGCUAGUAAAUCUGGGAAGAGUUAUAGUUGUACUGAGAAAUGUAGGAUUGGACCACUUUCAAAUGUUUUACGGCCCUUGUGUAUUUGGAGGAAUGGAAUAGUCUGCUGUAAAGAAAAAAGUGAAGAAAGUGAGGCUGAGGUGGGGGCUGACUCAGGAAACUUACUAUAUCUGUUCAAUGUCACUACUAAGGAAUGGAAGAAGUUCCACAACUGUUCUGCUGCCUAUGACCAGUGUGAUAUUUUUAAUUAUGAGAAAAGCCUUCUGUCUGUUUUGCAACAUCUAGGUUGACUGAUAAGCCUUUCUCAAGUAGGAUCAUUUCUGUAUUCCACAUUUCUUUUGUCUCGGUAAUUUUAGUGGAAAGUAAUCCACAUAACCUCUUACCAUCUUGGUUGUACCUAUAAUACUUUAUUCUGCGUUAGAUUUGUGAUCUGGAAUGUAGAAAUUCAGUACUAGUAGUUCCAAACUCCAUUUUAGCUUGCUAUAUUAUCAUAUGAUCAAUUUUCUCGCAUAAAUAUAUAGUUCAGUUGCUGCUCUA